AGUAAGACUAUUAUGGGAAGGCUAUAAGAUUAUUUAGCCAAUCAUAUUUCUUGAAGAUAAUUUAAGUACCAUAUCUGGGACAAGCUGAUGCUUGAGGAUACUUACACAAAACAAACUAUUAACUUUGGUAUUCUUUCUUUCUUUCUUUCUUAACUUCACUCAUUCUUGAAUUCCACGAAAUAUAGCCAUGGCCGAUACUGCUCCCGAAGUCCCCGCGGAGGAGCGCCAAGAAGAUAUCGAUAUAGUCGAUAGGAAGGCAGAGGCUCUCGCGGAGCAGAUAAAGAAGAGCAAGCACUUCAUCGUGUUCACCGGAGCCGGGAUCUCUACUUCAGCCGGUAUUCCCGACUUCCGCGGUACCCAAGGCGUCUGGACGCUCAUGGCUCAGGGAAGACAGCGGCCGAGUGCGGUGAACACCCUCCAAGCUGUACCAACUGCUACGCACAUGGCUCUUGUUGAGCUGCAGAAUAGAGGGAUAUUGAAGUAUCUGGUUAGCCAGAACUGCGAUGCCUUACACCGGAAGAGUGGAAUCCUACCAGAUAAGAUAUCUGAGCUACAUGGCAAUAACAAUCGCGAGUACUGUAAGGACUGCGGGAAGGAAUAUAUUCGCGACUUCCGGGCUGUCGCUUCGUAUGAAAAGACAGUCUACGACCACCGCACGGGGCGGAAAUGUGCGCGUUGCGGCGGAGCUCUACUAGACAGCAUCGUCAACUUCGGUGAGUAUCUCCCCGCCGAGCCCUUAAGGCUUGCUCGCAGCCACGCCAAGAAGGCAGACCUCUGCCUCGUUCUGGGUUCUUCUCUCACGGUGCCCCCAGCGAGUGGAAUCCCGGAAACAGUUGGUGCGAGGAAAACUGCGAAACUUGCCAUCUGCAAUCUGCAAGACACGCCACUGGAUGGUCUCGCGGACCAGCGUAUUUACUCAAAGGCGGAUAAGCUGAUGACUCGGGUUAUGGCCAAACUCGACAUUCCUAUCCCGCAGUUCAUUCUCCGCCGCCGCCUGAUUGUACAGAUGGAGACGACAGGCGGAAACCGGCAUCAGCUGAAGAUAUGUGGUGUCGAUGUCGACGGAACACCUAUGAGUUUCCUCCGCUCCGUAAAACUUGAACAGUAUUGUAGACGGGCAGCUUGUAUAGAGCCCUUCACUAUCAGUUUUCGCAGCGACUUAGAUAUAGGAACGGAACUGGAAUUGGAGUUGGAGUUUAUGGGGAACUAUGGCGAGCCAAACCUAGGGAUCAGAUACGAGUAUACUGGUGAAGCUGGUGCAGAAAUACUGUAUCUCCUUGAAUAUGACCCACAGACUGGAGGAUGGAAGACGGAGAGGCAGGAGAGUCAGAGUAUCGAUGAAAAUGACAAGCCUACACGGCGAGCGAAGAAAUAGGCUAGAUACACUGCACAUGGCAUCACUACCAGGCAAAGAACAUUAAAUCUUGAUUCACACUCUCAAAAGC